AUGGCUGCCUCUUCUUCACAGCUCGAAGCUGGUGGUGCAGCCCCCAUACGGCCAGUAUGGUACCGAUCUACCAUCUUUGCGGCCUUCAUCCUUGGCGUGUGCAAUUUUGGAGCACCAGGCGUCUGGGGUGCCAUGGCUAGCCUGGGUGCCGGCGGCAGACAGUCGCCAUACCUAGUCAAUGCCGCCAACGCGCUCACUUUCUGUCUCAUGAUCUUUACGGCGUUCCUCGCUCCCAGCAUUACGCGCUUGGUCGGUGUCAAGUUUGCUCUGUUUCUCGGCGGCAUUGGCUAUGCUCCUUAUGCCGCAGGCCUCUACUGCAACAGCGUGUACGGCACCAACUGGCUUAUUCUCUUCGGGGCCACGACUUGCGGCUUGGGGGCUGGCCUUUUCUGGGCAGUCGAGGCGGCUGUGGCCAUCUCGUAUCCCGAACCAUACCGCGUCGGCAAGUGUAUCGGCAUCUGGCUUUCGUUCCGCGUCGCUGGCUCAGUUGUAGGUGGCGCCAUCAACCUCGGCAUCGCCCACAAUCAAAACUAUGCUGGCUCCAUCAACCCAAAGGUGUACCUCGUCUUCAUCGCCUUGCAAGCCGCUGGUCCAUUUGCCGCAUUCCUUCUGCCAUCCCCAACCCAGCUUCAGCGUACAGACGGCAGGACUUCUCAGCUGUACGUCAACACUACCCUGGUCCAAGAGGUCAAAGCGACCGCCAAGGUGUUCUUCAAGCCGCGCUACCUCCUGAUCGUCCCUCUCAUCGUCCAAGCUGUCUUCCCAGAGUCCUAUACCAACACAUACCUCGCGGCUCACUUUACAGUUCGUUCCCGCGCACUGGGUAGUCUUGUCUCGGCUUGCGGAAGUGUAAUUGUCGGCAACGUCCUCGGUCGCUACCUGGACUGGGUCGGGCUUAGUCUCAAAACCAAGGCUCGCUGGGCAUUCAUUGUCAUUCUCACGCUCCAGGGCGUUAUUCAAUCAAACUUCCCAUCCGAGGAUGCAGUAGACUGGAGUUCCUCGCUCUUUGGCCGCACGUUUGCCCUUUACGUCUUCCUUUCAGCCAAUUUCCAGGCCAACUACAUGUUCCUCUACUUUGUCUGCCAAAACUUGACCACGGAACCUCAGGAUGUCAUUAGAAUCGCUGGACUGCUGCGGGCGACAGAAUCGGCUGCCCAGGCAGUGGCGUAUGGCACAAACUCGAUCGAGUCGUUCAAACUCAUUGGCUCGUCGUCUCUCAACUUUGGUCUGUGGGGACUCGCGCUCAUCCCCGCUUGGCUCGUCAUUAGGCGCAUCGGCGUCGACUACAUUGGAGUGGGUGCACUCCAGCUUGCCGAAGCGGAAGAUUCAGAGCUUGGCGAUGACAGCGGAUUGUCAACUCCCCGGUCCAAUGACUACAAGGUGAAUUCAUCGGACGGUGACGAGAAAUUCUAA